AUGGACGUGUUCAACCAGGCCCUAAAAAACCCGUUACCGCCUCGAAGAGACGUGGCGGGCGAAGAGCUGCCGCAAGUGGAAAAAGCGGAAGCAAGGACAGAAAACAGUUCUGACCUGAAAAGCGACGACAAGCUUGAUGACAACGAAAAGACCGACAACGACAAAAACGACGAGGGUGAAGAGUACCGCAAACGGAAGUCGUCCAGGCGAAAACACCGCAAUUCCCACUUGGGUUGCGGAACCUGCAAGAAGAGGCGAAUCAAGUGUGAUGAAAACCUCCCCCAGUGCUUCAACUGCGUCAAGGGCAAGUUGCACUGUGCUUAUUUAAAUUUGGAUGCUCCAGCCAGAAAUGCACUUAGAAUGGCCCAGUAUAACCAGAACCUUCGCCAGGAUGGCGCCAAGGACAAGAAGGACGAAAAGAAAGAGGUGCUCAGUGUCCACCCCAAUCCUAUUCCUCAACUCCCGCCUCAGCCAAUGACGGCAGUGCCUGUGGCACCAAACCAGUAUCCAGCCUUUGUGCCUUACCAUGUUGUCCCCAAAGCAGAGCCUGGACCCAUGCUGCCGCAGGUUCUUCCUCAGCAGCCGCCUCCAGGAACCACUGCUACCGUUAUACAAUCACCGUAUGGACCUUUGGUUCUGUUUCAACCAAUAGGACUUCCGCCAGCCGGACCAAGUCCCGUUGGACCAGUAGCUUUUUCGCCUGUUCAGGUAGGCCCACCUGCACCGGUGAUGUACCAAGACGAUAGGGGUGUGGCAUACCCAGGAACCGUUUCCUUGUCAAACCUGCCGCCUACAAAAAACCACUCCUUUACAGAUAUUCAGCAUGCCAAGAGCUAUACGGACCUAAGUCUGCCGCAAAUGUUUCAAAACAUGCCAGAGCCGCAACAGCCUGUUCUCUCUGAUCCAGCAAGGUUUCUGUCUGCCAAUCCUGUCAAAAACGAGGUUCCAAGCGAGCCAGUGAAGCUUCCAGAAAUUCAAUCUGGCGCUUCAGCGGUGCCUUCGACUGCCCAAUCAACAAACGCUUCUGCUAAUACAUCUCAUGCUCAUUCGAAGGCACAGCUGGCUUCGCUGUCUUCUGCUACAUCGCCGGUUCUACAGGGCGACAAGGUGCCCUCCAUCUCGAAAUUACUUUCAUAG